CUGGGCGCCUGGCCAGAGCCAGGGGAGCCGGGCAUGAGCCGUUUCGGAGCAGCCACACCUACACUUCAUACGCUGCGAACUCCGUGUUCCCCCUUUAAAGGAGUUGUGUGCGCCGGAAACAUGGCAGCUGUGAGCUGAGAGUUUGUGGCGUCGGUGGCUAGCUAGCCUACUAGUGGUGCUGCUGCUGCUAUUGGCCAGCGUCGGGCUUCGCUUUCGCUUUCCUCGACACACGGGCCGGGGUGGGUACUGCGCGUCUUCUCAACUGAACUAACUAACUAACUAACUAACCAACCAACCACCUAUUGAACUAAGUGUUGGGUCGUGCGUGAGUGAUGCACCACACUGAUGCAGCGCUCGAGUGUCCGUGUCCAGUGUGAAUGAGGACUGAGUGAGUGUGUCCUGUGUGUAAGCUGUUGCAAAAUCUGCUCAGUGCAGUGGAGUGGCCGGACAGCGGAGAAGCGGUCAAGUUGGGAAGGAGCCCGGUGUGACCAAACAAAAAUACAAAUAAAACCAAAUGCGUAAUAUCGACUGACACUCUGGACGAUUCCUCCAGUCAUCUGAUGAGUGGAAGCGGAGUGUGAAAGAUCUCACUUCAUCAGAAACAGUAAAUGCCUUCGAGAAAUCACUCAGACUCAGAGAGCUCCUCUCCUGUAUCUGCAGUGAAGUGCCCUGACGCUGAGGCUCUGGUCGCAUCGGAUGACAGCGAUGGCAGGGAUAGCGUGGUAUCAAGAGAAGAGAGGUGUGGUGUUGACGUGCUGUUUUGCCAACAGAUUGGGGCCUACGACCAGCAGAUCUGGGAGAAAUCUCUGGAUCAGGCUGAGUUAAAAGGUAUUGGCAGCAAACCAAAGAAGACUGGCCACAUAAAGUCUGACCUCAUUGAUGUUGACUUAGUAAGAGGGUCUACAUUUAGCAAAGCCAAGCCCCAGAGCCCCUGGACAGCCCUCACCCGUAAGGGUCUGGUUAGAGUGCUUCUGUUCCCCUUCUUCUUCCAAUGGUGGAUCCAAGUGACUACCUGGAGCAUCUCCACCUGGCUGCUGCUUCUCUACUUCCUGCAAGUGGCAGCACUGGGUGUAUACCUGGAGGUGUCAGCAGCCACUGUCAGUGAAGUGGUGGGACCCAUGUGUCUAAUGCUACUUUUAGGGACGGUACACUGCCAGAUAGUGUCCACAGAGUCCAGCCGGAGCCCUUCAGUCAGUCCCACCAUCAGCCCUACGGCAAGCUCUACACGUAGGAAGAGACAGAGGAAGAGCAGGGGAAUGAAAAAAGAGACAGCUGAACACCAAGAUGUCUUAGACCUGCAGUCCUGGCAGCUGGAGGAGAACCAGAGACAAUACAGGGUGGAGAAGAGGGGGAAUAAUUUAAGGAAGUCUGAAUUAGAGGUCUCAGAUGACUUUUCCAGUGAGGAGGAUGCUGAGGAAUACCGUCGGUCAACUGCAGGGAAGCAUUGCCAUGCAAAAGGCAUUACUCAUGCAUCUGUCCUCAGAAAGAGAUGUUGCAGUUCUUCUCAGAGCAGCCCACCACCUCAGGAGGAGAGUAGCGAGGUCCUAAGGAAUGCAGCUAAGUUACCACCUCGGGAGAUUACGCGCCUACGGCCCACAGAGAGGCAGGCUUCUGAUACAGACGAUACCCUGUGGGAAGAGCUCCUGCAAGGGCCUGACUCAGCCUCCUCUGGGAGCAGUGAUAGUGAAGGAGAAACCCGGCAAUGCCACAGCCUGCCUCUGCCAACCGCUCUGGACAGUGAGGAUGAAAGUCUCCAGCAGGGUCAUCUGUCUUGGCUGCAGGCCUGUCACCCCUCUGAAGACCGCGUCAGUGCCAUCAUUUGGGAGCAUGGUGAGUGCAAGAAGGCAGACAUGUCUGUUCUGGACAUCAGCGGCAUCAUCUUGAAUCGGGUGAAGGCAGUAGAACAAGGGAUGGGGUACCUUAUGCUGGGAGGUGUGAUGACUACUGCCUUGGCAUCACUACCAUUUGGGUUCCGGUUGGCACAGCGACUGGACAUGACACAACUGGGCUCUGUGUCCCUGACAGAAUUGGUGCACAUGGCUCUUGGGCCACCUAGUGCCUGGGCAUAUGUAUUUUUUUUCAUUACUACUGUGGAGCGAGUAUGCCUCUCUGGACUUUUCUUCUUCAUGAUGUGUGUGGCAGAAAGGACUUACAAACAGCGUCUUCUGUUUGCUAAGCUCUUCAGCCACUUGACGUCAGCCCGCAAGGCCAAGAAGUCUGAGAUUCCUCACUUUAGGCUGAAGAAAGUGCAGAACAUAAAAAUGUGGCUGUCUCUGCGCUCAUUCCUGAAGAGGCGUGGGCCCCAGCGCUCGGUUGACGUCAUCGUGUCCUCCAUAUUCCUUCUUGCCCUUUCCAUCUCCUUCAUCUGUUGUGCCCAGCUGCUCCACAGCCACCACACUUUCCUCCACUCGGAAACCAACUGGGAGCUGCUGGUGUGGGGCUCAGCCCUCGUCGUCUUCCUAUUGCGCCUGGCCACCCUGGGCUCUGAGACAAACCGGAAGUAUAGCAAUGUGUCUGUGCUGCUAACUGAGCAGAUUAACUUGUAUCUGAAGAUGGAGAAGAAACCCAACAAGAAAGAUGAGUUGAAUAUUGUAAACAAUGUAUUAAAGCUGGCUACAAAACUAAUGAAAGAGUUAGACACUCCUUUCCGGCUACUCGGACUGACUGUGAACCCUCUCAUCUACAAUAUCACACGGGUGGUCAUCCUGUCUGCAGUCUCAGCAGUGGUCAGUGACCUACUAGGCUUCAACAUCCGAUUGUGGAAGAUUAAGCCAUGAAGUGACAGCUUUAGCCAGAAGACAGUGCACAUCAGGUCCUGCAGAUAAUGGAUCAGAGAACAGAUUAGCCGGUAAUUGUGAGCAUUCACACUAGUCUGGAGCACCAUUGUGCAGUCCUGAUUUUACACUGCUGGAGAUGCGUAGGUAUAUCCAAAAGUCUUACAUCUGCCAUUGAAGCAGUAUUUACACUGGAUUCACAGGACUUACUCUGUGCUUAAUCAACAAAGUAGUUAUUGGCACCCUAAGGAUAUCUCUGAGUAGGGUUCUGUCUCCCAGCCCAAGGGGAAAAAAAAUGUGCAAACUGUUUCCACAACACAGUGCCUGAAGAACACCAUAGAUUUCUGCAUAGGUCACUUCAUAAGGGUAUUAAAGUGAACAUUUCUGAAGACAUUCUACAAUUAACAUGUGUGAUUACUAUGAUCACUGCAUACGGGAUUGGUACUGCAGGUAAUUCAGUGUACUUGUUACAAUACUUCUGUUUAAAGGACUUCAUCUUCAGGUGUAGCUACUGAGUGCCUUUUCAACACUACAGAUUCUUUAAGUAGACGAAAAGGUGUGUAAGCGCAAAAACUUUCAAGAAACUUAUUUUCAGAGAGAAAGAAGAAAUGACAGCAAAGGGUAAAUACUGUAUAGUCUGGUAAACUUAUGAUUACAGCCCAUUUACUGUAAAGGUUAGCUUCAAAAAGCUUUUAUUAUUAUUGUUAUUAAUAAUGAUAAUCACAAGUGUUUAUGUUCUGUGAAAGAUUCUGCCACCUCAUCCAUUUUCUUUUAGCUAUUUAUUAAAAUUACUGAAUGUUGAUGUUUUUUCUGAAUAUUCAAAAUGGGAUGAACUGUCUUUUGGACAUUCUACACCACUCUGAGCUCAAUGAGUGCUCUUUUUUGUUUGCCAGUGGUUUAUACAUUCCUGUGCUACUAAAGAUUAAUGCUGCAAUGUUCUGAGGAGCUUCAAUAAAUAGUUUAACAAAAAUAAACUGG